AAAAAAAAUUGCGCAUGGAAAAGAUGUAACACCACAGAAUCUUCUGCUCCAACUUUGGUAUCCACAGAGUAAGACAGUCACACUGAUUCCGAAGCAAAUCGACAUGUCUACCGACUUCAAAUCUAUUCCGAUCAUCGACGUUAGUCCUCUUGUCGCCAAAUUCGAUGAUCCAAACAUGGCUCAAGAUCCAAUUGUAUGUGAAGUUGUUAAACAAUUGGACCAGGCUUGUAGAGAAGCUGGAUUCUUCUAUGUGAAAGGCCAUGGUAUAGCUGAUUCUCUCAUUAAAGAUGUUAGAAUGAUGGCACGUGAGUUUUUUAGUCUUCCUUAUGAAGAAAAACUGAAAAUUAAGAUGACUCCUGCCACUGGAUAUAGAGGAUAUCAGAGAAUUGGGGAAAAUGUAACCGAAGGCACUCCCGACAUGCAUGAAGCUAUUGAUGGUUAUAGAGAAAUUAAACCAGGGAUGUAUGGAGAUCUUGGCAAACCCAUGGAAGGAUGCAAUCAAUGGCCAGCUAAUCCACCUAGCUUUAAAACACGAAUUGAGGAAUACAUAGCCCUCUGCUCAGACCUGUCAAGAAAAAUUCUUAGAGGAAUCGCUCUGGCAUUGGGUGGAUCAGCUAAUGAAUUGGAAGGUGAUAUAGCCGGAGAUGCAUUUUGGGUAUUUCGCAUGAUUGGUUACCCAGGUGUAUCGGAAAGUCGAGAUUUGGCUGAAAAUGACAUAGGAUGUGGAGCUCACACAGAUUACGGUCUAUUGACAUUGGUUAAUCAAGAUGAUGAUAUAACUGCACUUCAGGUGAGAAACCUGUCCGGCGAGUGGAUAUCCGCACCCCCAAUUCCCGGAACAUUUGUAUGCAACAUCGGAGACAUGCUUAAGCCUCAUCAACUGCAGAUUUGGGCAAACGGUUUGUAUGACUCAACUCUGCAUCAAGUUAUAAACAACUCUCCAAAAUAUCGCGUCUGCGUAGCCUAUUUCCACGAGACCAACUUUGAUGCAGCAAUUGAGGCUUCUGAUAUUUGUAUAAAGAGGAUUGGUGGUACUAGGAAGACUGGAAGAGCAGUUUAUGGAGAGCAUUUAGUGAGCAAAGUGAAAACUAACUUUGCUUAAUCUUUUUAUCUUGUAAAAACUGUGUUGUACAUAGACUUUAAACGAUCUUGAAUCUCUGGUUCAUGAUCUGUUUCAGGUAGUUCAUUUAGAUUGUUGAGUUGUUUAUUUGUGUUUCCAUUCAAAGCAAAUAUUUAAAUUGA